AUGGCCUACCAAGCAACCUACUACCAAACCACUUCCCUCCCCAUUCCCGUUCCUACAAAAUCUCAACAAGUUUCUUAUUACACUCCACAAAAUACAACUUAUGGUGUCUCGCCACCAGAAGCUCCAGAAUCUGUCACUACAGGUUCAGGCAUGACGCCUGCAUAUGGACAUUCGACUUACUCUGCUACUUCCAGUAGUUAUGCUGGGAGUGCAAGUGGUGAAUAUGAUAGCACCGCUUCCGCCAAUGGUGUCGAUUUGCAAGAAUAUAUGCAAGAUCGAUUUUCUGGCGCAUUUGAUCCUCUUCCUUUAGAUCGCACUCUAGCAGUUCAAGCACAAACAUCUGGUUUGUUGAACGCAAAACAUAGAGAAAUCAUGGAUUUGCAAGCAUUGGCACAACAACGUCUUGCGAGAACUAGAGCGAGAUUGCAAGAAGGUUAUCAAGAUGCCAAGGAGGUGAAGGCUAAUUUAGAGUGGACUCAACAUCGAAUGGGAGCCAUGAAAACCAAAGUCUCAAAACGACACCCCAAAGAAUACGCACAAGCUCGCGAACGUUACCCAUCUCCAGAGUACUAA